ACAAUCUCUUAUGUUCUUAUGAUAUCGAUUUUAUGCAUAUUUGCAUUUAGUGGGCUUCUUUUUCAGAUGGAAAACUAUUUGUUUUUGAAUUAAUGCAAUUUGAGUUUAUGUUUAAUUUUUCUUUUUUUGUUUCUCUCAUUCUGCUGAGUUUUUAGAUACCUAUGACUGAAUUUGCUGGAAAUUGAUUACCAUUGCGAAGUUCGUGACUUUGUUUUCUGUGAAAUUUGCUGGAAUUGGGUAAUUGUAAUUUAAAUAAUUGCUGAGCGAAGGGGAAUUCUUUGAAGUUCUGUUGGGAGGAAUCUUGUUAGGAGUAUCUUGGCAUUGCUACUCAUUAUAUUCUGUCUAUAAAAUUGGAUCUUUGAUAGAUUGCAUCUUAUCUUAUGCAAGGUAUUUGUAUAAUUCUCUAAUGGUAUUUGUAUAGAAGAAAAUACGAUAUCGGUUGCCAGGUUUGCCUUGUAUCCGAUGAAUCAGAAAAAAAAAAGUUACUUUCACCACCUUUUCAUUGCUUGUAAGUGAUGUGGUCCCUUAAAAGGCUUGUAUCAUGGGUUUCUGAUGAGCAUUUGCUGACUAUAGUAGCUAAAAGUUUCGAAAAUGCAGCUUACUGAAUGCUUUAAUGUUAAAUAAUUUGUUUAAUAACCUUAUUUGCUCUGGUAAAUUAUUUUAUAAUGAUUGAUGAAGUGCUAGUUCUAUAUCAGAUGGUGCAUCAAGGUGGCAUUAGGUGAGGGCGGAGUGAUGGAGAACUAACCGAGCUUGUAAUUGGGAUGUGCAACAAAAAUCUAGUGUACUUGCCUAGGGAAGGUCUUAGAUGUUUCUUUGAAAAGUUUUGGAAAAGCUUGUAGUGAAAGAAGAGUGGUGGUUAUCAGGAAUAGUUACUAAAAGGAGUCACGAAGUAGAUCCAUGUGGAUGGGGGAAGGCUUGAUGGCUAUGAUUAUUGUGAUCGAAAAAUCUAUAGCUCUUGUUUAAGCCAUUAAGCAAGAGAUAUUAUUAACUCUUCCUUAAGCUAGUGUUCAUAAGAUUUUUUGAUUUAAAAAUAUACUAGUAAUAGGAUCCUUAGAUGUGACGAUCCAGGACCUUACCCAAAAAGGUUAGCUGCAAGACUCUAUCUGGUUCAUCGGUCCAAUAUAAGUACCCAAUAUCUACCUAAUACAUAGCUAAUGUGGGACUAAAUAUACACCUGCAUAGGUCCUCACACACUCUCCUCAUUUAAGCUCUGUUGUCCUCGCCAGGAUAAGAGUUCAAAUCUAAUUAAAUCUAAUCUCCAACACUACAAUUGAUCUGUGGUUAGUUCUAAAAGGGCCCAUGCAGCCAUGUCUUCUAGUCCACAUGGGCUAUUGGCAGAGUCCACUCUAAUUCCAUUUGUCACUACCCUAGAAUUCGUCCAAAAGGCUAUUCGAAAGCUAUUAUUCGAAAGAGGUUGGUUCUCGACUGGUGAUUCUAACCUGCGCGCCUUGAGGGGGUGGUAGAUUACGUGUGGUUUCUUGCAUCUCUCUGCCUCUGUGUUCAAUAUUUCAGGGGAUCUUUUGUUCAAAUAAGUCAACUGUCAAUAUAAACGGGGAAAUCAGUUGUUUAGUCAGUAAUGAGUUGUUUUUCUUUCAUAUGCAAAAGGAAAAGGACUUUACAGAGACAAACUCAUCAAGGCAAUGAAGAUAUUCCUGGCAUUGAAAAUGUAAGAAUCUACUCUUAUAACGAAUUGAGAAAUGCUACCGGAGAUUUUAGCACUGCUAACAAAGUUGGUGAAGGAGGUUUUGGCUCUGUCUACAGGGGAAGGCUUAGAGAUGGGACUACUGUUGCCAUAAAGGUUCUCUCCUCUGAGUCAAGGCAAGGAGUGCGGGAGUUUUUGACUGAGCUUACUGUGAUCUCCGGCAUCUUGCAUGAGAAUCUUGUUAAGUUGUAUGGUUGCUGUGUUGAAGGAACCAACAGAAUACUUGUUUACAAUUAUCUUGAGAACAAUAGCCUUGCGCAAACCCUUCUUGGUUCUGGCCACUGUAACAUUCAGUUCAACUGGAGAGCACGAGUUAAAAUCUGCAUCGGCAUUGCUCGUGGACUUGCAUUUCUUCAUGAGGAAGUCCAGCCUCACAUUGUUCAUCGGGAUAUUAAAGCAAGUAAUAUUCUUCUUGAUAAGGAUCUUACCGCCAAAAUUUCGGAUUUUGGUUUGGCAAGGUUUCUGCCUGCAAAUACAACCCAUGUCAGCACUAGAGUUGCAGGAACAAUAGGGUAUCUUGCACCAGAAUAUGCAGUUCGGGGUCAAGUUACAAGAAAGUCAGACGUUUAUAGUUUUGGCGUUCUUCUUUUAGAAAUAGUUAGUGGAAGAUGUAACACUAACACAAGACUACCUUAUGAAGAUCAGUUUCUUCUCGAAAGGUUCCCAGAUAUCAUGCAUGGGCUUCUCAUCUUGCAGACGUGGGCACUAUACGAGCAAAAUGAGUUGCGGAACAUUAUAGAUUCUUCUUUAACUGAUGAUUUAGACAUAGAAGAAGCCUGCAAGUUUUUAAAGGUCGGACUCCUAUGCACCCAAGAUGCCGCAAAGCUUCGCCCCCAAAUGUCCGAUGUCGUCAAGAUGCUGACCGGUGAGAAGGACGUCGAAUCAGAGAACAUCACGAAGCCUGGUCUGGUCAGUGAUUUCAUGGACCUCAAAGUUAGAAGUCAGAAGAGGCCUGAUGAGGCCGGUAUAUCCACCAUGUCCUCUGCCGUCGAGACUUCACCUCUUUCAUCAGAGAAAACGACAUAUGCAUCCAUUACCUUCACUGCAAUAUCUGAGCGAGACUGAACCUUGAGAAGGUAUAACUGGCAGAAAAAGAUAUUGCUGUCAAAGUUCGUGGCUCAUGUAGAUUCCAUGCAACAAUAUUUUUUUAAAAAUUAUUUUUUUGCCUUAUGUUUUCAUCUUUAACCACAAUUUAUGUUCUGUAAAUAUACACAGCCAAAUAAGUUAACGCUGGGAACUGUGGAAGUAUAAACGAAUUAGAGGACAUUGUCUGAUUUAUUUGAGCAGAAAACUUUAUUUGAGAUAAUUGCUUCUAAUUACUCA